GUUUGCGUUGGGCCAAUAUUUGUAAAAGGUCAUCUUUCGACGAGGUUCGGUCAUCCUUAUCACAGUCGACUCCACUGAUAAGACACAGCACUUAUGACGCAUCAAUAAUUCACCAUAGGCUACUGCUGCAUUCAAUAACACAUUUAGAAUAAUUUUGUCAGUUUAUUGUCAUCUUGGGUGCGGUUAAGACACGUUGUUAGAAAGUUUUGUUCGAAUUUGACGUGAUUUGAUCUUGAAGUUGUAUGAAGAUUUUACAUUUUACUAACGGUCGACAAUACUAUUGUUUUUAAGUAGAAACUUAAAUCCAGCAGAUUGAAACAAUUGUAGCUGAUUGAAAUCCUGUUAUUGGCAGGAAAAGAGGGGAAGGAAUAAGAAGAAGAAAGGCGAGCAGCAGAAGGAGAAGAAGGGGCUAAAAUGUUAGAGAAAUCGACGAAGAGGUGGACGUUACUAGAGGAGGAAGCCGCAGUUAAACUGCUAUCUGUGUCGACGUGCACACUGCGUUGGACAUCGAGUCAAAAUCCAUGGACCUAAAUCCAUGGAGCCAAAAUCCUUGGAGCUAAAUCCAUGCAACUAUAAAAUGGCGGCACUAAGGUCGUGCUCCGUGUGGUGGCUGACAGCAUCAGAUAAGGAUGCUACACUCUGCCACUGCUAGCUCCACAAACGGAAAUCACAAGCCUUUAUGGUGCACGGCAAACAGACUCCUCCCUCACAGACCCCUCGCGGCAAGGAGAUCUUUCUGCUGACGUUGGCAAUUAUCUCGAUGAUGUGUAUUGUGUUCGAGCUGCAUGCAAACAUGGCCGACGACUGGACUGUCAACGCCAACAGUCGAACCCGGGUUCUGGUUUUGGCAGUCAUCUUGUUCCUGAUCAGCAUCGUCGUGUGUUACUACACCAUCAACAGGCUUGGCGUUCAACCGUGCAACCCUUCCAGAGAUCAGGGCAACCUAGGUUACUCAGACAGCAGCACGAGUCUUCUCUCCUACGACAUGCCACCUUGCUACGACUCCAUCAAACUCAACAUCCAGUUCCUGCCGCCUCCGGCCUACAAUGAGGUCAACCUGCAGGUCAACCCCAUUGGCAUGCUUGAGACCGCUCAUGACAAAGCAACCGGCUGAGCAAAUUCAUCUAAAAAUUGUAAAAAAUCUCAAUCACCAGAGCAACGUCUGGUGUUGAAAAAAGUAGGGCCGAAGUGCUGCCAACUGAUCGGAUUCGUGCAUGCCUUUUCAACACCAAGGCUGCCAACUGAUCGGAUUCGUGCAUGCCUUUUCAACACCAAGGCUGCCAACUGAUCGGAUUCGUGUAUGCCUUUUCAACACCAAGAUUGCCAACCUGAUGACACAGUUGACAACAUGAUUCGGUUUCCAACAAGUUGCCAAUUCUUCAACACCACAAUUGCUAAAAUGACAUAGUUGGCCACGCUUCUUAAACAUCACUUUUGCAAACUGAUUGAAGUUGGCCUUGCCUCUCCAACACUACUAUCAUAGGAUUGCCAUCUGAUGGAAUAAAGUUAUGUUUGCUAGGUCGUCACAGCAAGGGAAUAGUUAGUUCGGUCAAGAAAAUAUGCUUGAGAUGACAAUGGUGUGAGGUAGAAUAGACGGUUAGUGUGCUGUUUCUCUAUCAUUAACUGAUAGAUAGGACAGCCAACAUCAGCUUCUUCUUCACUGGGUAGCCAAAUCUAUUCCUGUGAAGUAACAUCCGUACCACUUUCAACAGUUGAUAAGCAACAUUGAUAAGCAAGUGAAUGUUUUCAUGCGAUGAAGAUGAAACAGGUUUUUUCAUAAUAAGUUGAGUAACAAUGCUUGUAUUAGAAUAGUUACAAAUAGUACGCUAAUUAUGGAUCUAUUUAUGUAAAUGAUUUUAAAAUUAUUCUAAGUACGUUUUGGUGUAAACCAAUCAUACGAAUGAUUCUAGUCGCUAGUUUAAUGUUACUGUUUGGUUAUUAUGGGUUGCUGAGCAACCAAAACCUGCUUAGUCAAGAAAGUUUCUAAAAUCGUUUAUUUUACGGCCCUUCGUUGGUAGUGGAGGAAUUGGGUGGCAUAAGAAUGGAGCUACUACUAUGUAUAGUGACGAUCACUUGAUUUGUAUAAGGAGCUGAAAGAAGGCUUCAAUAUAUAAUUUAAAAUAAAGCAUUUCAAUUAUUCAACAGAAGAGCAAUGAAAUCAUAAUAAUGCAUGGGACGAGGUGACCAUCAGAUAUAAAUUUAAAUUUACCCAAGUUAUAUGGCUUAAAAUAUUGUAGUUUCAACUACAUCAAGUUAAUAAUGAUACUCAAUAAUUAUUAUCAUUCAACUGGAUUAAUGUAAUUUCAAUUUUCAAUUUAAUUGUGUAAAAUCAAUCUUUCAAGAAUUUGUCAUUGAUUUUCUAAUAGCCUGUACACUAAAUUUAAAUAUUUAAUUAUGUAAUUAUAAGUAAUGAAUGGUGGAAGCUGAUACUUAUUUGGUUGUAUUAUAGUUGAUGUAAACAUUUUUAUGUAUAUAGGCUACUUUAUCAAGUUUAUUAAAAUGUAUAUACUGUAUAAUCCAUGUAAAUAUUCUCUUCUAUUGAAUCACGGUAACUUGAUGUAUAAUCGAAUGCUUUAUAACAAUAAAUAAGUUUGUUUUUGCCGAA